ACAUUCACAAGUCAUAAACACCAAAUCACACACACAACGCACGCACAACGAAGACUAAGGUCUUCAUUUUCAUUUUUGAUUUGUGUCCCCCAUUCCAAAACCACUGGAGAGUAGAUACUCCCUUCUGUACAUUUCGAUAAUCUUUCUGUUGCGAGAUCAUCCACACCCACGCAAUAAUGCUUCUCCAUAUUCACUCCUGAGCAGGCUAGCUGUUUGAUUGGGUGUUAGUGUGUGAAGAUUCCACGGACGUUUACAUUGAGUGAAGGCGUGAGAGAGAGAGCGAUGGCUAAUCGUAACACCGUUGCUUCUCAAUCUCGUCAGCUGCCUCUAGUCGUAACACUCAAUUGCAUAGAGGUGUUGGCCGGCGUCGCGCAACUGGAGCACGUCCCGCUGAGCAGACUCGCCGAGUCGCAGAUCGAGUCGGCGGCCGCGGGUCUUCUCCACUCGCUUUCGUUCCUCCCACGCGCCGCGCAGCGCCGGCUUCGGCCUUGGCAGUUGAUCCUAUGCCUUGGAUCCUCUGACCGUGCUGUCGACUCCGCCCUCGCGGCCGACCUCGGGUUGGACAGGCUGAUCCACGUCGACGUGAGUCGAGCCGAGGAGGUGGCGGAUACUGUGAUGGCGCUUAUUUUGGGGCUACUUAGGCGUACGCAUCUCCUCUCAAGACACGCGCUCUCGGCUUCCGGGUGGCUGGGUUCGGUGCAGCCGCUCUGCCGUGGAAUGCGAAGAUGCCGCGGAUUGGUGUUGGGGAUUGUAGGUAGAUCUGCCUCUGCGACGUCGUUGGCUAAUAGGAGCUUGGCGUUUAAGAUGAGUGUGUUGUACUUCGACGUGCAGGAGUUCGUGCAAAUUGUUAAGUGCGCUCUGUUGUACAGAUUGUGGAACUUUCUUGUUCAUGCUGAUAAUUGCGUAGUUAGUAGAUCUUCCUUAAGGUUCCCAGCUGCAGCCAGAAGAAUGGAUACACUUAAUGACUUGCUUGCUGCAAGUGACCUCAUAUCACUGCACUGCGCUCUGACUAACGACACGAUUCAAAUUAUGAAUGCAGAUUGUUUGCAACAUAUAAAGCCUGGGGCAUUUCUUGUGAAUACGGGGAGCAGCCAGCUGCUGGAUGAUUGUGCUGUGAAACAACUUCUGAUUGACGGCACCCUCGCAGGUUGUGCCCUAGAUGGUGCUGAAGGGCCACAAUGGAUGGAAGCAUGGCUUAGGGAGAUGCCAAAUGUUCUGAUACUUCCUCGGAGUGCAGACUACAGUGAAGAAGCAUGGAUGGAGAUAAGGGAAAAGGCUAUUUCCAUAUUACAACAGUUCUUCAUUGAUAAUAUCAUCCCAAAGAAUGCUGUAUCUGAUGAGGAAGAAGAGGAGGAAAGUGAGGUGGGAUACGAGAAUGAACAGAGUCGCACACUAGACAAUGAAACUUCAUUCCGAGGUUCAGUUGGUGAUAGACUGAUUGAAGAUAUUCAGCCAGUGGCUGAAAGCUCACAGAAAAAGAUCUUAAAUAAGUCAAAAGAUACUUCAACUCAAAAUCAAGGUUCAGUUUUGUCUCAAAGUACUUCAAAUAGAUCUGAUAUAAAGCGAAGCAGAUCAAGCAAGAAGGCAAAAAAGAGGCAUGGCCGCGAAAAAUAUCAGCAUAAAGCAGAUGAUGCUUUGACUUCUGAAAAAGAGAGUACUUCAUACAGAGAAGAUGAUGCUACUAUGAGCGGCACAGAUCAAGUGUUGAGUUCUAGUUCACGUUCUGCUUCACCUGAAAAUUCAAGGAACAGGAAAACACCUGUUGAAUCAACAACAGAAUUAGCUCCAGAGCUGCUCUUAAAAUCAAGGAUAGAACUUAAUAAAAAGUCAGGUGAACUGCUGAAAGAUGGCUAUAUUAUAGCUUUACACGCAAGAGAUCGUCCUGCGCUUCAUGUGUCGAGGCAAAGAGUUCAGGGUGGCGGUUGGUUCCUUGAUACAUUGUCAAAUGUAACAAAAAGAGAUCCUGCAACACACUUCCUGGUUGUAUUUAGAAGCAAGGAUACGGUUGGUUUUAGAUCAUUUACUGCUGGUGGAAAGUUAUUACAGAUAAAUCGGAGGAUGGAAUUUGUAUUUGCUAGUCAUAGUUUUGAUGUUUGGGAGAGUUGGACUUUUGAAGGUCCUCUGGAAGAGUGCAGGCUGGUGAAUUGCAGGAAUCCUCUGGCCAUGUUGGAUGUACGCAUUGAAAUUCUUGCAGCUCUAGGUGAAGAUGGAAUUACUCGCUGGCUCGAUUAAGACAGUUGGAACUAGCAAUCUGAACAGCUUUACCAGAUGCAUGAGAAUCUAUUUACACCAAGGUUUGUGAUGUUUGCCAAGAACUCAUAAUUUGUAAUUUGUAAAGGAUCAUAUUUUCCACACCGGAAUCAAGGUUUUUUGCCUACUGUAUUUGCUUUGCCAACUAAUCUCCUUGACUGAUACUAUUGUUGUAGUUACAAGAGAUGCACCUAUUCUUACUCAAAAUUUCAGGGCGUUUUGCUUGCUUA